UGAAUAUAAAAUACCACAAAAUAUGAAUUUAUUAAUUGACAAUGAUGUAACAUGAAGUCUGAUAUAUGUAGAAAUGUUGAAAAAUAACAUUCAAAAUAAGCACAGUGAACCUAACCUGCCUUGGUUACCGGUACCGAAUUUAUUAACUGAAGGCGAUGAAUUUUCUCUUUGUUUCCAGGAAACAGAAAACCCCUCGAAACAAAUGACAUGGCAUAACGUUUUCGUACAAAUUGAUUUGUGGGGAUUUUUUAUCUAUUGGAAUUCAAUAGAACAAAAAAUUGUUACCACAGUGGAUCUCAUGUAUAUUGAAGAUAUUGAAAUGUGUAUAGAUAGUGAUGAUCUAUUUGAAUCAAUGGAAACUAGUUUCAUACGUCUUCAGGUUUCUUCAGAAGGGCUUUUCGAAUCUAGAACAAAUACAGCUUAUGGAAAAUUGCACAAAGGAAUAUAUGACUACUCCAGUAUUGUAUUUUUAUUAGUCAAAGAUAAUCCUGAGACUUUAAAGUUAUGGAAAGAUAACCUACUUAGACUAGUAUUUACUCAUUAUCCAACACGUAUUGAUUUGGCACCACUGGAAUUGUUAUGGAAACAAUGGACACAUCUAAUUAUUGUUUAUUCGAAUUUGUCAACAUGGAGAAAAACAGAGCAGUUAAUUCACGAUGGAAAGUCUACCAUACCAAAUUGUUGUAUUCUAGCAGCAUUUGGAUUAGAAGGAAAUUUAUUGCCAAGUCAUAGAAGUUAUCUGUCUGAAUGUCCACCAAUUAUUACAGACAAUGUCAAUAUAGACUAUAUUAGUAGCGAUGCUAACAUUGAAGAAACUUUGCUAGACAAUUUCACAUUCGAUGUCUUCUUUAAUUUGUUCAUCCAUUCUUGGCCUCGAGACGACAUAGCAGACCUAUUUUCUGCAUACACUAAAACUAAAGGAUUUAUGAACUGUCAAGAGUUGAAUUCAUUUUUGCACACAAGUGUUUCAUAUUUCACAAAUCCAAAUGUUUCUUUGAAAAAUCCAAGGAAUUUUAAGGCAGUUGAUAAGCAAAAAACACUAAGACAUAUAAAAUAUCUACACAUUGAACGAACACAAAAUAAUUCAAAUUUAAAACGAUCAAGAAGUUGUUAUACAACUAAUCAGACUAAUUCAAAUCAGAGUCCAAUUGCGAAUACUCUCAAUUUAACUAGUGAAUCAUUGUCUUCUAAAACAAGUCCAUUACAUCACGACAGAAAUAGAAUAAACGAUCACAAAUCUACCUCUUCUCUUGUCAUUACUAAUUAUAAAGAAUUUAGUGAAAUUGUUCGACGAUAUGAAACUAAUCAAUAUGCAGUCAGUAAAUGUUUAUUGACAAACGAAGGGUUUUACCGGUUACUCUUAUCUUCCACAUAUCGUGAAUUAUGCAUAAGCCGCAACCCAACUUUUGACACAUAUGAUCAACCAACAGAAUCAAUGUCUACAAUUGCAGAACCGAGCAAAUUUAGUUUAGAUGCAUCACAACAUCCGCUCGCCCAUUAUUAUAUUAAAAGUGCUUAUUUAACCCAUAAAACCUGCAGAGAAGAUGAUAUUAAACAUGCCGUUCAAUGUAGCCAGGUGUCCCUUACAGAUACUACAAUACCCAAUGAACCAUGUUCUGUGAUAGGAUAUGGUAUUAAAUCAAAUAAGAUUCUCAGAACUAUCCGUCAAGCGUUAUUUUUUGGAAUUAGGACCCUAAUUUUAGAUUGUCAUUAUUUUUCCAGAUUAGUUGGAGCCGAAACUAUUAUUUCUAAUGAACUUAUCAUCGUCCCCACAAAUCCAAAUAAAAUACCAACUUGUUUUACAGAACAAACCUCACACGAGUCAUUUGAUUUAAUGAGAUCCAUUUUGUACAAAAACUAUCCAUAUGCCUUAUUCAGGGUAAGUUAUUGUUGGUAG